CGGAGGAAUAACAAGCGCCUCAGUUAUCCCGUUACCGCUGUGUGCUGCGUCCAUGCGCGGAGUGAUCUGCCAGAGGAGCGAGACGCGCGGUACCGAAGUGACGGAGAAGAUGGAGAACGCCCGGGAGAGAUCAUCAGAGAGAGAAGUUUUAUCUUCAUCCCAAGACGUCUUCAUCAGGGAGAUCAGCAGCUCAGAUAACCCAGCGGCUUCACCAGAUGAUAGCGCAAAGCAAAAGGAGAGAAAACCCCAAGCCCCGCCGCGAUCCUCCAUCGUGCCCACCUCACACCAUAGGUCUUCUCACCCCGUGGACAGACAUGGGCAGUCUUCUUCUACUAGUGGGGCAUUAGAUCUGCAGUCUCUGGUGGGGCGAUCUGGAUCAUCCUCAUCCCUCUCUGGAAUCUCAGUUCCAAUACGUUUGGAUGCAUUGUCCUACUUGCUUAAUAAUGCAGUUUUGGGAGCCUACAAAACGCCUUCUCAGAUGCCAAGCUACCCACUUAUGUACCCAUGUUGCCCCUUCCCACAAAUGGGAUAUCCCUAUAGUCCAUGCAUGGGUUCACCUCCUUACAAUAUGCCCUAUAUGAAUCCUGCAUGCCAGCCAGGUCUUAUGCCUUGUGGUACCCAGCAAGGUGUUCAAGCGUGCCAAAAUCCAAUGCCAAAUUUUAACCAGUUUGCUAUGGGUACUACACCCAGCCAAAACCAGAGCUUGUUUUCCGGUAUAACACCCCAAAUGGGAGCACCCUUUACUACUAGCACAAUAAACAUGACACCUUCAGGGCAAGACAACAGAGGAAUGUCUCAGUCUGACAGUAAUACCUGGGCCCAGAAAGCCAACCAAGGGUUCGGAAAUAAAGUUAACCUGUUCUCUUCUAACUAUGAAAAGCAAAGUUCACCACCACAGCGGGGUUUUCCAAGGUUUGGAGAUAAGCAGAGUGAGGAGAACUGGUCUAAUAGAGGACAAAACAGUUCUAACAGGGGGUUCGGAAGGGGCAGAGGGGACUUUGGUGGCCGGUCUUGGCAAAGCAACUUCAGUGGUCAAGAAAGGCGAUUUGGAGAGAGAUCGUGGAACUCGGAUUCUGGUGGGCGGAGAAGGUUCCAGGAGAGUCCUGACAGAAGCCAGGAUAGAGGCAGCUCUUUUAAACGCGGUCGCUGGCAGGAUGGUAGAGGGAGAGGUGGGGAUAAUCGAGAUAGUUGGCAGCAAAGAAAUCGGCAAAGUUUUUCUCCUCGGUCUAAUGUAGGAACUUUUCAAGACAGGUUCAAGUCAAGGCAAGAAGAAGAAAAAGUAGUCACCAAGACUGAUGACUCAAAUGACAAAGAUGAAGAUUGGGAGAUGGAUUAUGUAGGAGAACCCACGGCUUGUGAGACUCCGAGCACUUCAUUGCCUCCUACAUCAAAAACCUGCGAGUCCCCUCAAACCAUUGAGACGGCAGAAAAGUCAGUAAACCGUGAUGAGGACGUAAGCGUCGGGGGCUCGACUACAAACCUCCAUCUCGAAAAGGAGGAAGAAGAAUUGGAUUCUGAUAGAACAAACCAGGAGACGACGGAAAUCGAAGCUCAGGAACAAGACAUGGAUCAAGCUCCGGGUCCAGUGGAUGAGUCUGCGGAGAAAACCAUAGAAGAUGGCGAGGAGAGAAGAAAAGAAGAUGUAGACGAGGAGGACAACAAGGAGAUUCUGGUGUCGGUAGAUGCUGAAGACAAGUGAGAAACUUGUCAGCAACUUAUUUGGGUUCAGUUGUUGGAAAUUUACCAGUUUUCUUUGCUUGAGACAUCAGACAUUUUGCUAUGAAUAGUUUUAUCGUUGAAGCUUAAAACUUUUAUGUUCAAUUGUAAGACAAGUUCUUCAUACUUUUUACACCCGUACUAUAUUAGUAGAAAUUUAUUGGCGCUGGCUGUGGUCCAAGAUGGGAUUCUCAGAUUUACAUAUAGAGGAUUUGCAAACUAAAAGUAGACGGCAGUGAAGUAUGUACACCAUCGUGAGCAAACCCGUUGUGAACAUAGCGCCAUGCCGGAUGACUCUACUUGCCUGCACUUAUAAUGCCAUGCCGGAUUACUCUACUUGUCUGCACUUAUAAUGCCAUGCCAGAUUACUCUACUUGCCUUCACUUAUAAUGCCAUGCCGGAUGACUCUACUUGUCUGCACUUCUAAUGCC